CAGUGAGUCAGAGCAAAGUGUUCCUCACUGUGCACAGCAUUUCUGUUCUUGCUCUAUAUCGCUGUACCAUUCAUUUUAUAAUUUCAUCAUGGACUGUGCCUUUGCUAAUCUAGAUGCUGCUGGAUUUCUACAGAUCUGGCAACACUUUGAUGCUGAUGAUAAUGGCUACAUUGAAGGGAAAGAGUUGGAUGACUUUUUCCGUCACAUGCUGGAAAAAUUAGGGCCAAAGGAUACGAUUACAGAGGAGAAAGUACAGAAGAUAAAGAAGAGGUUUAUGUCUGCCUAUGAUCUCACAUCUGAUGGACGCUUGGCAAUCCAUGAACUAGCCAACAUGAUCCUGCCAGAGGAUGAGAACUUCCUUCUUAUCUUUCGUCGAGAGGCUCCGUUAGAUAACAGUGUGGAGUUCAUGAAGAUCUGGAGGAAAUAUGAUGCUGACAGCAGUGGUUACAUAUCAGCUGUGGAGCUCAAGGGCUUCUUGAAGGACUUGUUUCAGCAGCAUAAAAAGGAUAUCCCUCCUAGGAAGCUGGAUGAAUACACAAAUACCAUGAUGAGCAUUUUUGACAAAAACAAAGAUGGGAGAUUGGACCUUAAUGAUCUAGCUAGAAUUCUGGCUCUGCAAGACAACUUCCUGUUGCAGUUCAAAAUGGAUGCCAGCAGUCAAAAGGAGAGAAAGAGAGACUUUGAGAAGAUCUUUGCACAUUAUGAUGUUAGUAAGACUGGAGCCCUUGAAGGACCAGAGGUGGACGGGUUUGUCAAAGACAUGAUGGAGCUUGUCAGGCCCAGCAUCAGUGGAGGUGAUCUGGAUAAAUUGCGUGAGGUUCUGCUACGCCACUGUGAUGUGAAUAAAGACGGGAAGAUUCAGAAGAGUGAGCUGGCCCUGUGUUUGGGAUUAAAGCUUAAAUCACAUGCACACUGAAGUUCUCACUUUUACUAUCAGUUACUACAUUUUCAACCUGAAUGUGGAAUGUGAAAACAUUACGUAUUACUUGUGAAUUGCUUGUUUCUCUAAUUUAAAAAAAGUUAUUCUGAAAUUAAUGGAAAUGUAAUAACUUUAAUGCUGUGCUUUUGCAACAAUAAAAGUUAUAUCUGUUUAACAUGUAAAGCCAAAAUAGCGGUGGCUUGAAUAUAUAAUGUAGUGCAUCUGCUCCUCAUGGAGCCUCAUUUGUUCAGAGAAUCCUUAUUUAAUUUAUGUUCAUCACAUCUGGGAAACUUGUUUAGUUCAUAGCUCAGUUGUUGAAUCCCUGAUAGCACACAUACAUCAUGGAGACGUCUAUUUGACGGCUGCAUUUACAUCUGUAAGACGUAUUUUUUUAGAGUGUUUGCUCAUCUGCAAUACGUCUAUAGGACGUUUCCUAUCAGAUGUCAAAUGCACGUCUAUUAAAUGUCUUUAAGAUGUUUAUGGUUUAGAAUGUAUGUAAAACUGACAUCUUACAGAUGCUUUCCAGAUCAAUGAUCUUUAACAGACGUCUUGCAGAUGUACGUGUGCUAUCUGGGAUCAGUAUGUUCCCUGAUAGCACACAUACAUCACGUAGACGUCUAUUUGACGUCUGCACUGACAUCUGGAAGACAUAAUUUUUAGGGUGUUUGCUUAUCUGCAAUACGUCUAUAGGACGUUUCCUAUCAGAUGUAAAAUACACGUCUAUUAAAUGUCUUUAAGAUGUUUAUGAUUUAGAAUGUAUGUAAAACCGACUUCUUACACACAUCUGUCAGAUGUUUGUACACAGCAGAUGCUUUCCAGAUCAAGUGAUCUUCAAUAGACAUCUUGCAGACGUACAUGUGCUAUCUGGGUUCAUAUAAAUAUUUACACUGAAUAACAUAUUUACAACAUUUACAAAUAUUUACAGUAUUUUAAAUAAAUAUGCUUGAAAUAAAAGCAGUUAAAGGAUAGAGCAGGGUUUUUUUUCCCUUAGAUUGUUACUUGUGAGAAUCAAACAACAUUAAAGGAUUUAGUUUCAUGUCUUGCUUUUACAUUGCUUGGUUAUUCUAAUUAGCCGAACUAAAAGCUGCUAAUAGAUGAACAGAAUGUUCUGAACAUCUAACGAAGCAUAAAGACAUCACUGAAAGACCACAAACACACACACCAGCUGUCACUUUGUAAAAGCCUUGUCUGGUGUAUAGCUCUGUACUGUUAGUUUAUCCUUAUAGCUAUGGAUUAUUUAUAUUCAUUGCUGCUGUUUAUUUUACAGUCAUGCCAUUGGCAAACAGAUGCUCAAGCACUUUGUUUUUUGUUUUGCAUGCAAAUAAGUAUUUGUCGUCUAUUUCUAUCCCCUGUGUAUGUUCAUGCUUAACACGAUUUUAACUGACAAAGACCAAAAUAUGGCAGUUUUGUUUCUUAUGGCAGUUACCAGGGAUUACGCAGAGAAUAAAACUUUAAAACAUUUCUUAGUUUUGUUGUAAGACAUUGCAGGCAUUGCAGUUUUCAACCCUGUCCUGGAGAACCACAGCACUGUACAGUUUGUAUGUCUACUGGCCCCAAA